UUCCCAUGUCGACAGGCUUUAUAAAAUGUAGGCACUAGUACAACUAGCUACGAGACGACAGUUGAUACUGACUGGAGUAGUUAUACAUAUGGUUUUGUAUUCGCAUUGACCUAAUCAGGCUAUAUUUACAAUGGCUUCUUUAGUUCUGUGCGGCGUGAGUAGAUCGGGUAAGACGGCAGCGAGACUAUUUACGUCGUACUGCAGAUCUGAUGUAUCGAACUCUAUGACUUCUUACUUUAGUUUGAAGAAAGCGCAUUUGACAGGCACGUUAGUCCCACGUACUCGCUGUUUCUCUAACACUACAUGCAGGAAAUUCAUGUCUCAUCUGGCAAAAGCAAACACACAAAGUGGACGCUCCAGGAAACGCAUGUUUAUCGCAGCAGGCGCCGCGAUCCUGGCUGGCUACGUGACCGGCGUCAUGCACUUUCUGAAAGCAGAAAUGGCAUCAGUUGCAGUCGGAGACGAUGAAGAGGAGGACGAUAUUCUGCAGAAAUGCAAAGGUUUCAUGUGUAUGCCUGUCACUGACGUUAAAGUCCUGCAGCAGAAGAAAGGCGAGACUAGCACCAGGAUGGAGAUGCUGAUCAUGGAGACACAGGCUGCGUUUUGCAGGGCGCUGGAGGAAGUGGACGGCGGAAAGUUCAAAGUGGACCGCUGGGAACGAGAAGAAGGCGGCGGUGGUGUCAGCUGUGUCCUGCAGGACGGCAAGGUGUUUGAGAAGGCGGGAGUGAAUGUGUCCGUGGUGUUCGGCCACCUGACGGAGGAGGCGGCCAAGCAAAUGCGCAGCCGGGGGAAGACGUUCAAGGGGGUGGACGGGAAGGUGCCGUUCCGGGCCAUGGGUGUCAGCUCAGUUAUCCACCCCAAGAAUCCGCACAUUCCCACUGUACACUUCAACUACAGAUACUUUGAGAUUGAGGAAGCGGAUGGGUCCAAGCAGUGGUGGUUUGGAGGGGGGACGGACCUGACGCCCGUCUAUAUCGACCAGGCCGACAUCGUGCACUUUCACAGCACCUUGAAGGAAGCCUGUGACAAACAUCACCCCAAGUACUACGCCAAAUUCAAAAUGUGGUGUGACAAGUACUUCUUCAUCCCUCACCGCGGCGAGACGCGCGGAAUUGGCGGAAUCUUUUUCGACGACCUGGACUCUCCCAGUCAGAAGGAGGCUUUUGCAUUCGUGAAGAGCUGCUCUAAAACUGUGGUCCCCUGCUAUCUGCCCAUUGUACGCAAACACCUGAAUGACACCUUCACCAGCCAGGAGAAGGACUGGCAGCAAGUGCGACGCGGAAGGUAUGUGGAGUUUAACCUUGUCUACGACAGGGGUGUGAAGUUCGGCUUGGCCACUCCUGGUUCCAGGAUUGAGAGCAUCCUGAUGUCCCUCCCUCUCACAGCCAGGUGGGAGUACAUGCACGAACCAGCCAAAGGGUCCCGUGAAGCGCAGAUGCUAGAAGUGCUGCGCAGCCCCAAGCAGUGGGUCUCCUGAGGCCUCCCCGUCCCAGACACACAGCAGAUACUCCUGCCAUAUUCACUUUCAGUAAUCUCAGUAAUUGUUACUCUGCCUCAACCCAACGGAGCCAUUGUCAUUUUCACUAAGUGCUGUCGAACGUCUCUCCUUAGUAUAUUCAGUAGCGUUGGAGGGCUUGGGUUUUUUAUCGUCUUUUUAUACUAAAGAGUAUAUUUUCAGUUCUUAAUUAUCUUCAUCUGGAAUUGCUAAUGCAGUAUAGUUGUAAUUUACAGUAUAGAAGGGGGGCAUAAUUCAAAAGAAUGACUAAAAUAGGUUAUGCUUGUAUCCUUGUUUAUUCCAGUCGUCUAAGAGGCUCAUUUGUAAGGUUUCUGUAUGGAUAUGAUACUCUUGUACACUUUUCCUAGUAAAGAAACUACACAUGUA